AUGGACGGGAGGGGGAGAGAACGAGGCCCGGUCUCCGAGAAGAUUGCGGGGAGCCCCGACCCGCCGACGCCGUCGAGGCGGGUUGGAGAGGGGGCCCAUUGGGCAGCCCUGAACAGCGCCCCAGAGGAGAGAAGGGGGGACGGGACGGCCUCCGGGCGCCCCUCGAUCCUUCCUCGCGGGAAAUCCGACGGCCCUUCGCUGCAGAAAGUCCAUUUUGCGUAAGGUGGGGAGACGGACGCGCGAAGGAAGCCAUCUUGCCUCGCCCUGGGCUCCCUCGGAAGGAGCUCGGGGGGCACGAGGUGGUGGUCGCUCUUUGAGCUGGUGGGGGUUGGAUGCAGGGGCCACCCAUUAGAUGCCUUCCCGGGGUGUGUGCAAAAAGCCAAAAGUUUGUGUGCUGGGAAAAGCCAGAGCAGCGCGUCUCCUUUUAUUUUCCUGCCCAGGCAAAUGCGCCAUGGCGAGGUCGCCUUUGCGUCUUGA